AUGGAUGGUGAAUUGUAUAAUGCUGCAAUUGAUGGAUUAAGAGACCACAAUCUGUUUGGGAAUGUGGACAACAUCAGAUCCCGCUUCCAAAACAACACUAUUCUUCAUAUCGCAGCUAAAUCUGGGAAGCUACGGCAACUUGAAGAAGAUGAUUAUCUGGUGCAUUUUUUUUAUGGGCAAAACAAUGAAGGAAACACUUCACUUCACAUUGCAGCAAAGUUAGGGCAUUUGGAAACUGUAAGAAUUCUAGUGAAAAUGGCAAGAAAGACAGAUGUUGAGCAAAACAAGAGUCUAUUAACCGUAGAGAAUAAUAAGAAAGAUACAGCGCUGCAUGAAGCUGUUCGCUAUAAUCACUCGGAGGUUGUCAAGUUACUAAUUGAAGAAGACCCUGAUUUGGCCUUGAUAAUAAAUGGCGAAGGAGACUCUCCUCUUUUCAUGGUGGUGGAUAGACCCUUUAACCAAGUGGCCCUGCAUAUCCUAAACACUGCUCCAAAGUGCUCUGAUCAAAGAAGGAACUGCAUGAAAGUCUCACACAUAGCUGCCAUUCGCUCCAAAAGAUUCAUUACAAGAUCAAAAAUCUAUCCUCCUGAACACUUGGGCAGAACUCCGGCUAAGGUUCUGGAAAAACUUCAGGCUUUAACACUAGAAGAAGAAGUUUUUGGAUGGACUCCUCUUCACUAUGCUGCACAUAUUAGGAACGACGUGCUUGUUAGACGAAUUUUGAACAAAGAGAGUAAGAGCCUUCCUUUCUCAAGGAACAAAGAAGCUCCUCAUAUUGCGGUGGAAAGUAGAAAGGUAAUGGCGGUGAAAUUUCUCCUAGAACAGGCCAUGACAUUUCAGGAUCUUAUAGAUCUCCAAGAUAAAAAAGGAAAUAUAGCUUUACAUGUAGCCGCUACUGUAGGAGAUUUCCAUAUUAUAAGAAUUUUUAUAAAUGACUCAAGAGUUGAUAGAGGGGCUACAAACAAGGACAAAAGGACAUUUGUUGACAUAAUCCUAUCAAAUAAGGAGCUACAGGAUAUUGAUAUUUUGAAGAUAAUGGUGGAUUUGAAGAUAGAAAUUGUUUUACCACCACUUUUUGAACAGAAAGUGGAUACAAGAAAAACGAAUGAAGCAGAGAGUAAGGAAAAGAAAAAGGAUGAAAUACAAAUUGAAGAAGAUGAAGCCGGCUGUAAACAGAAAACUAUUGAAGCAGAGAGUAAGGAAAAGAAAGAAGUUGAAAUAUUGGAUACUUAA